GUUUCCUUCUUCAUUCCUUGUUGAUCUCUCUUCACAAUUAUCCAUCAAAUUGUGUUCUAGUAGAGAGAUUCGAACACAAUGGAGUGAGAUCCCUUCAAAAUAAACAAAAAAUCUUCCCAAUCACAAAAAUCAAGAAAUUGUUCUGAACAAUUUAAAAAAAAUCUGGAAGGGUGCAGAUCUGAUCUGAAUCAGUUCCGGCCAGAUCGGAACUGGCCGGUCAACCGGAGCAGCUCAAAGUCAGAGGGAGGAAGCAGAUCCGACCCAGUCCGGCAACUAGCAGCUCCUUCCUCGUCUGCCGAGGUGGGACCGCCUCUGUUAGCUCAUUCAUUCGCCUCUCGCCUUCUCCAGCCAUAACCCUCUCUAGCUUCACGAACUGUGUCCGCCAUUAAUGGUCGCUAGGAAGCUCUGUUCUCGAACCACAAGCGAACGUGAAGAUAUCGUGGGCCGUUGCUGCUAAACAACUGGAACUACCUCCGAUAAACAUAGCUUGAGGAGCCUACUUGUCAAGGACGUCCCAUUUUCGAGCUCCGCCGCGAGGAGAGCUCUUAGUCGCAACCAGAGAUUUUCUACAACCCAUGCUGACAACGACAACGACUGAGGACCUGUCUGGGCCUCCCCUCUCCGGUCGGAAAGCGGCGACCUCUUUUUUCGCCCUUGCUGACGGAGACCGUACGUGACGAGCGGCCAGCUGCGACCAGAUCCGUGUCCCCCUUUCCGGCGGCCGCGAUAAGAAAAGCUGGUUCCGCCGUGUGACCAGCCGACAUCAUUUGCAAAAGAGCCUGGGCCGAGGACUUCAGUUGACUCAGUCAACAAUUAAAAGUCCCGCUGGAUUCUUUGGGCUAAGAGAGAAGAAGUGGGCCAGGCCAUGUAUGGUCCAAUUAAAUAGUUCAACGGACCUCAAUUUCAGUAACAUAUUUCAGCCCAGAUGCUGGAAGAGACGGUUGGAGGUUGUGCAUGAGAUUGCUGAAAUUGUAGCACUUGUUGCUAAAGGCAAUAUUUAUCCCCACCAGACACCAGUUGCUGAAAAUUUGUGUCUAUAAGGGUUUUUUUAUUGGUUGCGCGUGUCAGCAACAAGCAGGGGCGUAUUGGGCCUAUGGCCAGGGAAGGCCAAGGCCCAAUGCUCGAAUUUUAAAAAAUGUUAAGGUCCGUUAGUCCAUUCAUCCGUUGCACUCCACACGAGUCUCUCCUAGCGUUCUAGGCCUCUAGCGAAGCCCAUAAUUGGAAAAUGGCUCAAAAUCAGAAAAUCCCAAGUUAGCAGGGGAAGAGGUAGCAGCCUAGCAGUCCGCAUCUUUCCGCUUCGGCAAAACCCCCCCAAAGGCCACGUCCCAAUUUCCAACCUAGCAAUCCUCGUCGAUCGUAAGUCGCUGCCUUUCUGGUCGCACGCAACACUCGGACGGCGCACAACGGUAAUGAGUGUUUUGGUUUCCGGCGUUCUGCUCUAAUUGAGAGGCGCGAGAGCUGCUCUUCAGUGGUAAGGUGAGGCCUGAGAUUCCGAGAACUGCCUAAGUCAUGGCGAAGUGGCUAAGAUAUGAGUUAGACGCAUAGUAACACUCAAUAACCAGAGUACAAAUGAAGAUGGUACUAAAUUCUGCUCUUAAAGUAUAUAUAGAGUGUAUGAUUGAUAUUUUAUUGCUGUAGAUGAGUUAGACGCAUAGUAACACUCAAUUGCCUUCCAACAACGCCGACUCUUAUCGCCGGAAAAGAAUGUCAAGUUGAGAACAAUGUCAUCGUGAUGGCAAUUUUAAACUUUUUUUUUGGAUAUUUUCAAUUAGUAAAAAUGUCAUCUUCAUUAUAUUUUCAGAGAAAUGUGGCAUUUUUACACAAGAUGACAUUUCCCCCUGACGAUUAGAGCUAAAGGUGGUGGGAGGUGGAAGAUGUGGUGGCAGUGGCCUACAUAUUUUUUUUAAUAUGUUUUAGGCAUUUUAUUUACACUUUUUUAAGGUUUUUGUAUUUUUUUUUAAUUUUACUUUGACCCUCGUGCUCCUUUCCAUCAUUUGCAAUGGAGCCAAAUAUUCAUUAUUUUUUGGGUUGAGAAUAUGAUGGAAUAAAGCAAAAUGACUCAUUAAACUGUGUGCGCUUCUUUGUUAUGAAGCAGCAGUCAGUCCAUGCAAUUUUGGACAUGAUUUUCACUAUGGGUCAUCCGGAAACAGUUUCUCUGUGCUUUAGUAUAAGGGUAAGACUACGUACAUCCAACCCCCCUUACCCCACCGUAGGUGGGAGCUUUUGCGGCACUAGGGUAAAUGAAAAUGAAAAUGAAAUGAUUUGACCCUUGUGCUCGUCGUAAUCCUUGCGGACCCAUGUGUUUCCAACCAUCUUGAAUUGAAGGGUUGCCACAAAUAUCAGUGUUUUCAAUCCCAGAUAGCGGAGCGGAGCGGCUAGACCCAAAAACGCUAUAGCGGUAUAGCGGAUAGCGGGAUAACCGCUAUUUAAGCUACUUUUAAAUAUAAUACAUAAGUAAUUACUAGAAGCAUAUAUAAUACAUUACAUACACAUUUCAAGUUCAAAAAGUAUGAUAUAUGACAAUGAAGCUUUCAAACAUCCUUAACAUUCCCAAAUCCUAAAUUACUUAGUAAUACACUAAUACUCUUUUAAGUCUUCAGUUUCAUGACCAAAAUAUAAGAUGAUAUCAUGCUAUAAAUGAUUAAAACAUCUUGAAUAAAAAACAAGGUUCUAGUUUAAGAGUUUGAGCCUUGAUAUAUAAACAGUCAAAAAAUUUAGAUCCAACUAGCAAGCCCUUUGAAUUCAUCAUUCACCACUCCUCCUCAUCAAAUUCUUCUUCUUCUUCCAACUCUAUCUCAUCUUCAUUGUCAUUUUCACUACUACUGCAAUCAUAAAUUUCUUCUUCCACAUUUGUCUGCUCUGCCACUUCAACAUGCUCUAUAAAGUCUAUUGAGCGGUCUCUCACUCUAGAACUUGCAGCCCCUCUAGAGCUUGCAGCCCCUCUAGAGCUUGCAGCCCCUCUAGAGCUUGUACCCCUUUCAUUUAUUCUGCUUUGCUGCCUAGUGUUUAUCAAAGGCUCACACACACCCGUUAGAUCAGCAACAUCUCCCCAAGUAAAGUUGGUGUCAUCAUCAAAAACCAAAUCAUCCUCGGCAUCCUCUCCAUCUCCCCCCAUUACUCCCACUAACCACUCAUGGCUAUCAUCAAUGUCAUUUAGGCGAAUUGGAUCAAUCAAAUCACGGCUAUCAAAUCGCUCCUUAAGAUCUUGGUUAUAUUUAAUAUAAACCAAAUCUUGCAACCUUUGAUGCUCAAGCCUAUUUCUCUUCUUCGAAUGAAUCUAAGUUACAAAUUUAUAUAAAAAAAACUGUUAGUCCAGCCUCCAGUUUGUUGAAAUUAGUAUAAACAGUUUGUUGAACUUGUAAAACAUGUAAUAAUAACUUAAUAACAUACAUGCUCAAAUGUACUCCAAUUGCGCUCACAUCCCGAGGAGCUACAAGUCAAACUUAAGAUCUUUAUGGCAAGCUUUUGAAGAUUUGGUGUAUGUGAUCCAUAGUUCCUCCACCAUUCACCUUUAAAUGCAAGUAAACAUUAAACAUUCUAUUAGGGUGGGUGAUAAAAAAAAUCAUAUGCCUUAACUUACCUGGACCAAGAGUAUCUCUUUGCCUUACUGCCAGCUUCAAUCCAAAGAGACCUUCAGCUCUCUUAUAAGCAUUCAGCUCACUCGAUAUUUUAUCUUCAAUUUCUUCAUUUUCACUAAGCCUCUCAAUGCACGCGUAAAGCCCUUGCAUAACCUCAUUGUCCAGAUCCAUUCUUGGGUUCUUGUAGUAGAAAGAAGGGUUCAAAUAAUGACCAGCAGCAUGCAAGGGAUGAUGGAGUUGAGUUUCCCAUCUUAAAUCAAUAAUUUCAAAUAUUUUUUUGUAUCUCCUUUCAUUCCCUUGAAAAGAACCCUGGAUUGCUUCCUUGGCACGAUCCAUUGCUUCAUAAAUGUAUCCCAUUGCGGGUUUUUUUUCAUGAUCAGCCAGCCUUAGAACGCGUACAAGAGGACCCAUCACUUUCAAAAUGUAAACAACAUCAUUCCAAAAUGUAGGAUUAAGAAUUAUGUCCAGUACUCUCUUUGCAUUUCGAUCUUUGGAAACAUUAGUGUUUUUAUAUUCAUCGGAAGUAAACAUGUUUCUAAGCUUCCCUCUUUGAGUAUGCAGCCGUUGCAAGGUAAGGAAUGACGUAGCGAACCUUGUAAUACCACGUCUAAGCAAUUCCAUCUUGUUGGUGAACUUUCUCAUCAUGUUGAGAGCAAUGGUAUGGUUGUAGAUGAAACCCACCACACAAAUACCUUUUCUUAUUGUUGUUUUAAUUGUGGGCAACUUCCCAAUGUCCUCAAGCAUUAAAUCUAUGCAAUGAGCAGCGCAUGGAGUCCAAAAUAAAUGCUUUCUCUUCACUUGUAGCAGUUUUCCUAAAACAUAAAUCACUGAACUCAGCUGGGGCAGCAUACUCACAUAACUAAAAUUCAGAAUAUUAAAUUAUAAAUAAAGUCAUAUUGAAGUAAUUGAACUAAUAAAUAUUACCCGCAAGAACAUAGUUACUUCCAUUGUCGGUGAUCACUUGCACCACAUUUUCUUCUCCAAUUGUCUCAACAAAUUGAUCAAGAAGCUCAAAUAAUUUCUCACCAGUUUUUGUGUAUUCAGAACCAUCAACACUCUUCACAAACAUUGACCCCCUUGGGCAGUUCACCAAAAAAUUAAUCAAUGUUCUAUUUUUCCUAUCUGACCAUCCAUCGGACAUAAUUGAGCAUCCAUAUUGUGCACGUUCUUCUUCGUGGCCCUUUAACAGUCCUUUAGUGUACUCCAAUUCUUUUUUAAGAAGUGGAACUCUACACUCAUGAUAGCUUGGGGGCUUUAAAUGAGGACCAUAAUUUCCAAUAGCCUCAACCAUCAAUUUGAAACUUUUUGAUUUCACAACAUUAAAAGCGAUUCCAUUUGUGCAUAGAAAUCUUUCAAUAUAUUGAAUGGUUCUGGCCCUAGCUUCCUUGUCACAAGCAUCAUUUAUGCUUGUUUGCCUCUUAGCUUUUCCCAAGCUUAUUGUGUUUUCUGGUUUCUUAUAGUAAAGCAAGUCCAAGGGUCCUUUGACCUUUUUGGCAGAACGAUGAGAGGACUCAGUUGCUGCAGUUAGGGGUCUUUUUCCUCUUCUAAUAUUCAGAAUUUCAUUAAGGUCUUCCAUGUCAUCUUCAUCUUCUUGCAACUCCAUGUAUGCUUCUUUUUCCCCCUUUUUUUUCUCAUAUGCUUCUUUCAGGAAGAUUGUAACAUCAGCUGGAGUUUUCCUGCAAGCCCCAACAUCUCCUCUCAUUCCCAUUUGGUGCCUUUUGGCUCUGGUAAUUCCUCCAGUAGUAGUUUUGCCACAAAAAUCACAAGUAACAGAUUUCUUGUCGUUGGCAUCUCUCAGACUGUUCCACUUCCAAGCUGGGUCAAGAUGUUCUCCUGUGGGCUUAAACAACACAGUAGACUGACUAGACUCCAUAAGAAGAAGAGAAGAGUGCAGCUCUGCAGCAAAGGUUGGAGAAGAAUAGUUGCAGCAAAGGUUGGAGAAGAAUAGUUGCAGCAAAUAUAUUACUGAAGGCAGAUGAGAGCAGCAGGUGUCGUUCUUGGAAGUGAGGCCAUCGCAGAGCAGAAGAAAAAGAUGAUGGUCGUUAGAGCCAUCGCAGAGGUGCAACGGACUAUUUUCAAAACCUGGGCACCUGGGCUUCGAUUUUAGCUUUUGGUAUCCUUUAACUUACGUCUGAGCCUUUAACUAGGUUAAUAUUUUCUUUUAAAAGUCUAUUUUACCCCUCUAUGUCAGCGUUAAAAAUUUUAACGCUAAAAAACUGGGCCGCAGUACUCUUUAGAACAAAAAGCGCCGCGUUAGCGGCCGCUAUUACCUUCUGCGCAUCCCUGCGAUCGCGGCCGCUUAGAACGCAACUCCCAAACGCCACGCGAGACCCCUCCUCAUCGCGCCUAACAGGUAUGCCGCUCCGCUUUUCCGCUAUUGCGCGCUAACGCGCCGCGAUUCACAACACUGGCCACAAUAGUAAUCCUUAUAGGAAAUUUGACGCAGAAGUGUGUAAAACUUUUUCAUCGCCUAAUGGAUGAAGUAGCCAAUGAAAAAAAUCAUUGUUGCAAACUGCCAAUGAAAAAAUCAUAUAUCUUCUCAUAAUUAUUAUCUAAUACGUACAGAAUCAAGAAAAAAGAAAAACAACAUAAAACAGACAUCAUUAUGUGAUUUUGGAUGUGACAUGUUUUAAGAAAAAAAAAUUAAUUACUAGUCCAUUAUGUAUACACAAUAAUAUUUAAUAAACAUUUUAUUUAAUAAAAAAACAAAAGUUUAUCACCUUUUCCCGUAAUAAUGUACUAGAAACUCGCCAAUUAUUAGUAUUAGUCUUCUCAUCAUCAAGGAAUUAAAUGGCCUUAAAAAUGAGAAGUAGAAUAUUACAUAAACUCCAAAAGGAAUUGGUUGGCAUAAAAAAUAAACUUUCUGAAAGCAUUUCAUGUGUGCAACUACAAAAAGGAACAUUGGAAUAUUAUAUACUCCCUCCGGUUCUUUAUGAAGUUUACACUUUGACUCCACUCAUUUUAAAAAAAUAAAUUUGACUUUACUGUAGAGUACAUUGUUGUGACACUGUUUGACACUGUUUUGCAUUGUUUGGUGUAGAUUUGUUUGCCAAAUAAAGCAAAUAAGAAAGUGUAAAGUUUAAUAUGGGACUGCCCAAAAAGAAAAGUGUAAAUUUCAUUAAGAACCGGAGGAAAUAAUUAUAUUAUAUUCAUAUAAUUAUAUGAAUUCAUGCAUCUUAUUUCAUACGUAGCACUUGUUUUGAAUACAAAUUUAGAAGAGUAAUUUGAAAUAAAGAAAGCACAUAGAAGAUCAUUGUUGACCUCAUCUAUAUGUUGAGUUGUAGUGUUUGUGAACAUUUAGAAUCUCAUCCUCCCAAUCCUCAUCCGUAAGAGUACUUCCACAUAGCACAGGAAGUAGAGGAAAGCGUUGAAUGAAAAAAUCAUAAACCUUCUCAUAACUACCACCUUAGACGUGCCGACAUUAAUAGAAAAGAAAAACAAUAUUAAACAGAAAUCAUUAUGUGAAUUUGGAUAUAACAUACUUCAACAAAAAAAUUGAAAUACUAGUCUAUUAGGUAUAGACAAUAAUAUUUAGUAAGCAUUUCAUAUGGUAAAAAAAACAAUUGUGAUUUACCAUUAAGCAUUUCAUAUUUAUAAUGAAUUGUUAAAGCAAUUUAUUGAUGAUAUGUAACACUUCCCUUGAAUAUAUAUUUAGUCAUUUCACUCCUAUGUCUCCAAAUAUGUUUACAAUAAAAUUGCAGGCAAUCAGAAAAAUACAGUAAGAAAGGGAAUUUCGUGUCUAGAAGUCUUGCAAACUGUUUUUGUCUUGACGUUUGUUACAAUAUGAACUUACUAUAUAGGAUAAUUACAUCAUGUCAUUAUAAAUGAAAAGCAUAAGUAUCUCACUUAAGAUUGAAGUAUAAAUAGGUAAUGAUGGUUAUACCACUUUAUCAUCCUGAGCAUGCUCAACUUUAUUUCUGAAGAGCAUUACAAGAUUUGUCGUAUCACCCUUGUUCCCUAUGACGUCAAGUUGCUCGUUCGUAAACAACAAAAAAAUUUUCAUUUGUGUCUCGAUCCUUUAUUGUAUUCCAAUAAUUAAUGAAAUCUUCACUCUUUCCAAUAAUUAGACUCAAACUAAUUUUGAGAAAAAGAAAAAGUGGUUCAUUACACUUCUCAUGUGGCUUAUAUUCGGAUACGAUAGUACUCCUAUGAUCUCUUCCUCAUUGGACAUUAUAUUAAUUUUCAAUUCUUAAUUAUAUAGCAAUUAAGAACAAUCUUUCUAAAGUUGAUUAUUCAUGUCGCAAACAGAGCAAAUUAUUGUUAUAUUGAAGUAGGAAAGAGCAAACAAUUGUGUAAGGCAGUCGUGUAGUACAUAUUUUCUAUAGUUACAAAUAUUGUAAAUGUCAAUCAUCUGCCGCCAAACAUUGUUUUCAUACAUUGCAUAUGUUUUCCAUGAGAGUGAAUGUUAUUUAACUCGAAUACUAUAUAUCAUGCAAGUAUUUUUUAUACACAUCAUGCUAUAAACUACAUGAACCCUCAAUCCGUGGUAACUUGUCCGCAUUUAGAAAGUUGUUAUGUAGCAGAUUGAGACAAAUCCACAUUCAAAGAAUUGAUCGAGAGUUCUUAAGUGUUUCACUUGUUGCUGUGUUAUCAUGUAUCUUGUUAUCUAGCAGACUUGAGCAACCUCUAGAUUAAAAGAAUUUAUCGAGAGUUUCUAAGUGCUUUAGAUGUUCUCGUGUUAUCAUGUGUCACAAGUGGCUAUAUCUCUAAUUAGUCAUCUUUUACUUUACAUUUUUGGUAUAGGUUUUGCUAUUUCCUACUGCAAUAUAGGGUGAACCAUCCUACAUUUCAGUAGAGAAAAGCAGGACUAAAUUAAAAUUGUAAGGUAAAAGAUGAAAGAUAAGAGGUAUAGUGACUUGUGACACAUGAUAGCACGCCAACAAAUAAAACAUUAAUGAACUCUCAAUCAAUUCUUUUAUUUUGAAUUUGUCUCAAGUCAUGUAUAUAACAUGACACAUGAUGACACAACAACAAGUAAAGCACUUAGGAUUCUAGAUCAAUUAAUUGAAUUUGGAUUUAUCUCAAAUCUGCUACGUAACAACCUUUUAAAUGCGGACGAGGUAGCAUGUAGUGAGUGUUAAUGUAGGUUAUCAUGUGGUGUGUGUAGAAGAAUCUUGCAUAAUAUAAUAAUCGAGUUCAACAACAUUCAUUUCCACAGAAAACCAUACACAGUUUAUAAAUUGUUUGGCGGCAGAAGAUUUAGAUUUACAAGAUCUGUAUCUUUAGAAGAUCUGCUCUACGUGAUCGACAUACACAUUUGUGCCCCCCUCAAUAUAACAAUAAUCCGGUUUGCUUUCGACAUGACAUAAUUGACUUUAAAAAGAUUAUUCUUAACUACUGUAUAAUCGAAUAAUUGAAAAUGAAUCUGAUUCCUAAUGAGAAAGAUAUUAUAGGGGUACAAUUGGAUCCGAAUAUACUCUACAUAGGAAGUGUAAUUAAUCACUUUUUCAUUUUCUCAAAAUUAGCUUGAGUUCAUUAUUUGUGUGCCUUCAGAUAGGAAGUUCAUUUAUAAAGAUGCAAAUGAGUUUGACAUUUGUACGAGGUUUGAGAAGAGUCUUCUCUAAUUAUUGGGAUAAGAUAAAGGAGCAAGACACAAAUAAUUUUUUUUGUAUUUACAAAUAAAUAACUUAAUGUCAUAGAAAACAAGAGUGAUACGAGAAGUCGUGUGGUGCUUUUCAGAAAUAAAGUUGAGCAUGGUCGGAACGAUAAAGAGUUAUAAAUGUCCGUAUCUAUUUAUACUUCAAUCUUAAGUGAGAUACUCUUGUUUUUUAUUAGUAAUACCUUGAUGUGAUUACUCUAUAGAGUAAAUCAUUCCGUAACAAACGUCAAGAUAAAAUAGGUUUGCAAGAUUCCUAGACACAUAUUUCCUUUUCUUAAUAAUGUCUUUUUCUAAUUGGUUGCAAUUUUGUUGUAAACAUAUAUUGAGACAUAUCAGUGAAUGGACUAAAUAUAUAUUCAAAGGAAAUGCGAUAUAUCAUAAAUGAAUUACUUUAACAUUUCAUUAUAAAUAUGAAAUACAUAACGAUAUAUCCCAAUUGUUUUUUAUUAAAUGAAAUGUUAAUUAAAUAUUAUUGUUUAUACUUAAUGGACUUGUAGAUUCAAUUUUUUUGUUGAAGUAUGUUACAUCCAAAUUCAUGUAAGGAUUUCUGUUUAUAUUGUUUUUCUUUUCUUUUAAUGUCAGCACAUCUAAGGUGGUAGUUAUGAGAAGGAUUAUGAUUUUUUCAUUCAGCGUUUUCCUCUACUUCCUGUGAUAUGUGCAAGUAUUCUUACGAAUGAAGAUUGGGAGGAUGAGAUCCCGAGUGAUCACAAACACUACAACUCAACAUAUAGAUGAGGUUAGCUAUGAUCUUCUAUGUGUUUUCUUUAUUUAAAAUUACUCUUCUACAUAUGUAUUCAAAAGAAGUGCUAAAUAUGAAAUAUUAUCCAUGAAUUCAUAUAAUAUAUGUAUAUACUAUAUUCUAGUGUUCCUUUUUGUAGCUGCACACAGAAAAUGCUUUCAGAAAGUUUAUUUGAGUUCGUGUUGACAAUUUCAGUGCUCCAUUGCUGUUUUUUAUGCCAAUCAAUUCCUUUUUGCGUUUAUGUAAUAUUUCAGUGCUGUUUUUUUAUGCCAUUCAAUUUCUUGCUGAUGAGAAGACUAAUACUCAUAAUUGGCGAGUUUCUAGUGCAUUGUUACGGGAAGAGGUGAUAAACUCUUGUGGCACAGAGGGUAUAAGUGCUACGAUUGAAUCUGCAGAAAAAAGGUUAAAGGAACCUCAGAAAGAGAAGAUUACUGGGAUCACGGGUUGGUGGAGAGUGCGGGAAGCUACCGUCUUUGCUUUUUCUAGUGUCAAAGUAGCUACUUGUAACAGAAGUUUCUGGAAAUUGUGGUGGUACUCUAAGAAUGAUUUUGGAGAAAAUUCUUGUAGAACACAUUGCAAUAGGGUUUGAUGAAGAUCCUUUUCUUUAUGCUCUUAUGUUUUUAACCGUUGCUAAGUUUUCUUUUGAUCAACCGGGGGAUUAAUGAGCAGUUUGUGUAUUCGGCUGUAAAGGCAAUUGAUAGGGAUGUGCCUCUGUAAAACCAGAUGCUAGUCGAGAACUUUCACAGCUUGUAACUGCAGACCUCAGGAGUCAUUUGGCCACAUCCAGGACUCAAUUUCAUCGCUCACCAAGUGACUGAAGCAUACACCUGAUGUGCAUUUUGGGUGCUUGAGACACUAAGGCUGCUGUCAGGACAGACCCUUUUGCCAAAAUUUAUGUUCUAGAAGUUUUAGAGGCAAUAAAAACAGCUCCUGGUUGCAUCCAGCCUUUGAUUUCUUGAAUUUUACCUUAUGUUGGACAUGUGCAGUUGUAAAUCACAUUAUUGACAAUGUUGUUGAAGGAUGCAUCGGUUGAUGUCACCAAAGCUAUUGGGGAAGUUUCUUUUGAUCUUGUUAUCAGGAUAAUCUUCCAAGGCGUUGAUCACAACGAGAUGCAGGAAAUGGGAUAGAGUGGAAAUCAAAAUGUGAAGGAAGUGAUGAUGAAGGUUCAAGCCAUGCAGCUCAUGGUCUAAGGAUGAUGAGACCCGAAAUUUCACAAAUACUACAGCUCAACAUACAUAUGAGCGCGUAAUAGGUGAUGGUUGGGAAAGAUUUAUGAUUUUUCAUUAGCCGUUUUCGUCAACUUCCAGUGGCAUUUACAAGUAUUCUCACGGAUGAUGAUUGGAAUGGUGAUAUCCUAAGUACACAAAUACUAAAACUCAACACAUAGAUAAUGCAGGUGCCUAGUUUUUUUGAAAAGGGAUGUGCCACAGUGAGGAACGUUUUAUAGCAGAAACAAGAACACCAACAAUCAACUGGUGGUGGUGGUUGCUUGUGCAAUACAUGACACAUAAUUUGACUCUUAAGCACAUUUUCAUAUUUAACCAUCAUUUGAGAAACACUGCAGUUUGAAGACCAUUAGUGACUGAUGAAGAAGAGGAAAAUUGGUGUUGGGAGCCAGCAAAAUGCCCUGUAUUUACUAUUGCCCUGUAUUUUCUCUUCGCCGCUGAGGACAAACAUUACGUCGAGGUCACAAAAUGCAUUGUUCUACAUUUUCCAGUUCAUUCGUGUGGUUUGGCUCUUCACGAUUAUCAUCUUGAUAGGGUCUAACUAACAUAGCAUCUACUGUGAUUGGAGAAAUAGGCACCUUUACCAGAAAUUGAGUUGCUUGGAAUCAAGUGUUCUUGAGAGUGGACAUAGUUUGUUGCUAUUCGAUUAUCUUCACCAUGGUUUGAUCUAUUAACCUCAAAGACAGGGGGGAAAGCAGCCAGGAACUUGGCAAAACUGACCCUUUCCAGGCAAUUCUUCAUUGUCUGGAAAGGGUUGUAUUGUUUGCUUAACCUUUACUUCACAAGGUUUGUAUUGUUUGCUUAGUGUUUAUGCUUAUUGUUUGCUUAUAGCACCAUUAUUGGUGUGCCCUCCAUCUUGGUGUUACUUUAGUUUGCCAGAAUGACUGGGGAGGGUGUAUGUACCUUUUAUACAUGACUAUUUCUGAAAUUAGUUCAGAACAACAAAUCUGCCACCAAAAAGCCGAUUACACUCAUGACCCUUGUGUUCUACUUUACGGGUUGAGGUAAAAUAUACUAGGAGUAAAGGAAAUUAAGGUGCGACCAAGUGCAGUUCUAUUUUUUGAAUCAGUACUCUCUUAGUUUUUUGGUGUGCAUUUUCUGAAUACGAUACGACGUACUAAAUAAAAUACAUGUUUUGGAAAAAUAUACUGCGUAUUUGUUAAAUUAUUGAUUAUAUCUGAACUUUAAUGACAUUCUGGAGCUUCAGAAUGUCAAGUAAGCAUUUCCAGAUGAGCUCUGAGGGGAUAUAAGAAGAAAAAGAGUGCCUAAUUUCUCUUGCUGCAUCAUGUAUAUGUAUGGUUACUGUAGCUACAACAUGAAUCCAGCUGCAAGUUAAGUAAUGGUUUUUGGAUGUUAGAUCAUGGCAAAUUAGCAAGUCUUACUUUCUU